CUAGCUUUUUGACCUACCUCCGAUUUUCUUUUCGUUUCUUACAAAUUUUGCAAAAUUGAAAAUCUUUGCCUCUCUCUUGUUCCCUAAUCGAAUCAAAGCUGAAAACUUUGCUGAUUAAUUGAUUUUGGAUUCCGGGGAGAAGAAAAUGGUAACUGGGUUGAUUAAUGAGAACCCAAUCAUUUACCCGAAGAAAGAGAGGCGUCUUCGUACUGAUUCAAGCACUACCGAUGAGUUUACACCAGAACCAAUUGAUCAACUUGAGAUUUUUGAUCAUAUAAGAGAUAUCAAGGAUCCAGAGCAUCCUAAUACUCUGGAAGAUCUCAGAGUUGUUACAGAAGACUCAGUUGAAGUGGAUGAUGAGAACAGUUAUGUUAGGGUUACGUUCACUCCAACUGUGGAACAUUGUAGUAUGGCAACCGUUAUCGGUCUUUGUGUCCGCGUGAAACUUCUGCGAAGCCUUCCUUCUCGAUACAAGAUUGAUAUACGGGUGGCGCCUGGUUCUCAUGCAACAGAGGAUGCAUUGAAUAAACAACUAAACGAUAAAGAACGUGUGGCGGCUGCACUAGAGAAUCCGAACCUCGUGGAGAUGGUCGAUGAAUGCCUGCCAUCAGAAGAGUGAAUUGCUUUUAUUUUCUUGUGAGCAAGUAAUUUACACAAGCCUGGUGGUCUCAGUUUACACUAUCAAUACAUGUCUCUGUUUUAUUUGCAAAGAUUUUGAUCCAUCACAUCGACUAGGACUGCAUUGUAAUUCUUACUCUGAUUUCAAGUUUGUUCUCAAUCAUUUCAAUAAAGUCUCGAUAACAAUUUCUUUUUACUAAAA